AUUGUGAGAUUCUCGUACAACAAAUUACAUAGACAAAGUGCUCGCUUCGAAGUUAAUUUUGGCAGCUAAAGUGUAUGAGAUAAUAAAUAUGUUUUUGAAGUCAAUGCUUAACAAAAGACGAGUUAUACGAAUGUUGGAUAUCGGCUGAGUUACACAAUUCACACGUUACGUGCGCGAACGUUUUUCAAGAUAUUUACGUUAUUAGUUUAUUUGAAUUGUUCACUCCGAGGCCUUCAGAACUUUAACCUGAGUUUUGUGAGAUUGUUAGAACUUCUCGCAUAAUGUCGGUAAUGCUGGGCGCGUGCGCCGGCUGCGGCAGCUCCGGCCCGCUCGGGGCGAUGGUGGCCACGGCGCUGCAGUUCUUCGCAGCUUCGCAGUGCCUGCUCAGCGAGCCUUACCCCAAGCAAGCCGAUGUGGCCAACGGUUCGAGUUUUGAUUUCAUCAUAGUAGGCGGCGGCACGGGCGGCUCGGCUCUGGCGGCGCGCCUGGCCGAGCGCCAUCAGUUCCAGGUGCUGCUGGUGGAAGCUGGCGGGGACCCGCCCGUCGAGGGCAUCAUUCCCGGUUUUAGAUCAGUACUCAAAGAGAGCCCCUACGACUGGAAUUUUACUACGAUUGACGACGGAUUCUCUAGCCAAGGGUUGGCAGGACAUCACGAGAAGCAGCCGCGGGGCAAGAUGCUGGGCGGCAGUGGCACUAUCAAUGACAUGGUGUAUGCAAGGGGAUACCCCACGGACUACAAUGAGUGGGCCGACAUCGUCGGGGACUCAUGGAACUGGACCAACGUCCUCCCAUACUUUAUGAAAACAGAACACAUGACUGACCGAAAAAUUGCUGACAACGAAGAACUCAUGAAACUGCACGGUGUGGAUGGAGAAAUUGAAGUGUCGGGUGCCGCCACAUACGACAAAUCCACCAUAAAAUUUUUAAAAGCCUUUGAAGAACUAGGCCUAGAAAUCGUUGAUGACAUGACCAACCCUCAUAAAAUAGGAGCCGGCAGGUUCUCUCACACCAUACGAGACGGACGUAGAGACAGCACGCUGACCGCUAUGCUUAACAAGGUUCAAACCGGUAAUCUACAUGUACUGAAGGAUACGUUUGUGACGAAAAUCUUGAUUGAAAACGAUACAGCCGUAGGAAUACAGGCUUUCUUAAAUGACAAAGAAUACUAUUUUUAUGCUGAUAAAGAAGUGAUUGUUACGGCAGGCACCUUCAACACAGCCAAGCUGUUGAUGCUCUCUGGUAUCGGGCCUAAAGAUCAUCUCGAAGAAGUUGGCAUUGACGUAGUCCAAGAUUUGCCCGUUGGGGAGAAUUUGCAUGAUCAUGUGAUGGUGCUUUAUUUUUUGGCCACUGAAAGCGGAACAUGUUCCUACAACGAAUCCACAAAACUUUUUGAAGUCAUCAAAUAUCUUCAUGACGCUACAGGAGCCCUGUCCUAUUCGGACAGUAUGGGCGCCUACCUGCCGCAGAACGCGGACACCCCGAACCUGCCGUAUUUCGCGAUGUACCCUACUUGUGUUCCUGUGGGACAGUUAACAGUUGAUGCAUGCACCACUGCAAUUGGCUACACUGCAGAAAACUGUGCCAAAAUUGUUGCUGAGAAUGCGUAUUCGGAAAUAAUACCUUUACCUGUAGUUCUUCUGAAGCCUAAAUCGCGAGGCAUGGUGAGACUGGCAUCUACUAACCCGCUGGACGAUCCUAUGAUAUACUCUGGCACGUUUGACAAUGAAGAGGACCUAGAAGGGUUCCCCGAGGCGGUUAAAUUCGCUUUGUCUCUGGUAAACACGACAUACUUCAAAGAGAUGGGUACUCGUAUAAUUGACUUGACUCCAGAAGAAUGUAAGAAAUUGUCGGAGCUGGACAUGAUAAAAUGUCACGUGGUGAAGUUCGCGACGUCGGCGUGGCACUCGGUGGGCACGGCGGCGCUGGGCGGCGUGCUGGACGCGCAGCUGCGCGUGCGCGGGCUGGCGGCGCUGCGCGUGGCCGACGCCAGCGUCAUGCCGCGCGUCGUGCGCGGGAACACCAACGCGCCCGUCGUCAUGAUCGCAGAGAAGGCGGCGCGCUUCAUCAAGGACGCCUAUGGACUUGACAACGAAAUACCAUAACAUUCAUUUUAAACC